CAGCCAGAUUCCGGGUCUGGCGGCGCCGCUGUUGGGUGACGCUCGCGCUCGAAAUCUGAUGAGUUAUUUGGAGAUCCGGAGUUUGUUUGUUUGUUUUUUUCUCCCUUGGUCCAUCAACAGCUUUGCAGAGAGCCCGCGCUCCAGCACCGCUCCAGGUGGAAAACACGCAGCACCUAAGAAGCUCCGCCCCCAAGACCCAAGCUGGCCCCGCCCAGCGAAGCCCGGCCCCCAAGAAAACCCUUCGCCAGGACGGCCAGUAUCCGUGAUAGCCCCGCCCUCCACAGCCACGCCCCCGGAGGAGGUCCGGCUCCUAGGGCGGGGCUUGGUGUUCGAGCACCUGGGCGACGCUGCGAGGGGACCCUUCAAGUGUCAGGAGGCUACCGGAACGCUGUUCCCGACCGUCGGUGUGUCUUCCACAGCCACUGGCAGAACCAUGGCAACGACCCCCGACGCCAUCUUUGAGGCCCUCAUGGACGGAGUGACCAGCUGGGAUCUUCCCAAAGAAUCCAUUCCUAGUGAACUCCUUCUUACUGGGGAGACCGCCUUCCCGGUGAUGGUGAAUGACAAGGGACAGGUGCUCAUUGCUGCCUCUUCCUAUGGCCAAGGCCGUCUGGUGGUCCUAUCCCAUGAGGGCUACCUGCUGCAUGCUGGCUUGGCCCCAUUUCUUUUCAAUGCAGUGAGGUGGCUCUGUCCCUCCCCAGAGGCUCCCAUCCUGGUGCAUCCCUCCUUGGCAUCACUAGUUAACAUCCUAAGUGACUCUGGUCUCGAGGCCCUGGUUGAGCCUGAACCUGGGGAGACUCUGGGUGUUUACUGCACUGAUGCCUACAACGACACCUUGACUGACAGGCUGGUCCAGUUUGUGAAGCGCGGUGGGGGCUUGCUCAUUGGGGGUCAGGCCUGGUACUGGGCCAGUGAACAUGGCAAUGACAAGGUGCUGUCCAGUUUCCCUGGGAACCAGGUGACAAGUGUGGCCGGAGUGUACUUCACAGAUGUCUAUGGGGAUGUAGACAGGUUCAAGAUCUCUAAGAAGGUACCCAAGAUCCCGCUCCAUAUCAGGUGUUGGGAGGAGCUCGGGUAUGACCAGGAGCAGCUUCUGGAUGGCAUCUCUAAAUUGAACAUCAAGACUGGAGGUGUCCCCUCACAGCUGUUGGUGCAUGGGUCCCUGGCCUUCCCCCUGGGCCUCGAUACCUCCCUCCACUGCUUCCUAGCAGCUGCCCGCUAUGGCCGUGGUCGUGUGGUACUGGCGGCCCAUGAGUCCCUGCUCUGUGCUCCUGAGAUGGAGCCCUUUUUGUUUAAUGCUGUACGUUGGUUGGCCGGAGAACAGAAAGGCAAUAUUGGGGUGAAUGAAAGUCUCAGGAAUCUGCAUUCUCUAUUGUCGGAUCAUGGCUUGAAUUGCAGCCUGGAGUCCCAUUUGACUAGUGAUAUGUGUGUCUACUGCUGUAAGGCUUAUAGUGACCAGGAGGCCAAGAAAAUACAGGAGUUUGUUGCUGAGGGUGGGGGUUUGCUCAUUGGUGGUCAGGCCUGGUGGUGGGCUUCCCAGAACACGGGCAGCUCUGCUUUGGCUGCGUUCCCUGGGAAUGUCAUCCUCAACACCUUUGGCCUCAGCAUCCUGCCCCAGACCCUCGGGUCAGGCUGUUUCCCUGUUCUUCCUACAGAGAUAAAGGACUACCACUUUCGAAGGGCUCUCUCUAAGUUUCAGGCUAUGAUGAACCACCAGGGUGGGGACUUAGAAAAGGAGCAUUUGGUAAGGUUGGGAGUAGAUGCUGCAGGCUUCCUGCAGAUUCCUGCACAGGGAGUUCCUGCUUAUAUGUCUCUGCACCGGCUCCUGAGGAAGAUGCUGCGACAGGCAGGCAUCCCAGCUGUGAGCAAGAAAAACCCAGUUUCCAGUACCUCCUGUGAGGCAGCAAUUCUCCAUCUGGCCACAGAGCUGGCACAUUCUGGGACGACCGAUUCCUCCCAGCUAACCCAGGACCUUGGCUCUCAGAUCUGCUCCUCCAAUCUCCACCCCUCAGAGCAUCCCAUCACAGUGGAGAUCAAUGGAACCAAUUCAGGUAAUAGUGAUGCCUGGAUGAGCACUGGCCUCUACCUUCUGGAAGGACAGAGUGCAGAGGUCUCUCUCUCUGAAGACACUGCCUCGGCUGGCCUAAAGGUGCAGAUCGGAUGUCACACUGAUGACCUAAGCGAGGCAAAGAGGCUGUGUCGAGCACCUGUGGUAACAUAUAAGUGCUGUAUGGACAGAACCCAACGGUCAGUCUCCUGCCUCUGGGGUGGCCUCCUGUACAUCAUCGUGCCCCAGGGCUGUCAGCUUGGCCCUGUCUCUGUUACCAUCAGGAACGCAGUGCCUGCCCCGUACUACAAGCUCGGUAAGACAUCCCUGGAGGAGUGGAAGAGCUGUAUCCAGGAUAACAUGGGCCCCUGGGGAGAGCUGGCUACAGACAACAUCAUCCUGACGGUACCCACUGAAAACCUCAAAGCUCUGGAGGACCCGGAGCCUCUGCUCCAGCUCUGGGAUGAGAUGAUGCAGGCCAUAGCCAGGCUGGCAGCCCAGCCCUUCCCUUUCCAAAGGCCCGAGAGAAUUGUGGCUGACGUGCAGAUCUCAGCUGGCUGGAUGCAUUCAGGAUACCCCAUCAUGUGCCACCUGGAGUCUGUGCAGGAGCUCACCAGUUUGACAGCCAUGAAAAGUGAGGGGCUGUGGGGACCCAUCCAUGAGCUGGGCCACAAUCAGCAGCGCCACGGCUGGGAGUUCCCUCCGCACACCACCGAGGCCACCUGCAAUCUCUGGUCAGUCUAUGUGCACGAGACAGUUCUGGGGAUUCCCAGGGCUCGGGCCCACCCUGCACUGAAGCCUGAGGAACGAGAGAAGAGGAUCAAAGAGCAUCUUCAGAAGGGAGCACCCCUGGACAACUGGAAUGUCUGGACAGCACUGGAGACAUACCUGCAGCUCCAGGAGGCCUUUGGGUGGGAGCCAUUCAUCCACCUCUUUGCUGAGUACCAAACCCUCAGUAGCAUCCCUGAAGACAAUGAGAACAAGAUGAACACAUGGGUGAAAUUGUUCUCUGAAACGGUGCAGAAGAACCUGGUCCCUUUCUUUGAAGCCUGGGGCUGGCCUGUCCAGGAGGAUGUGGCUGACAGCCUGAGCAGCCUUCCUUGCUGGCAGGAUCAUCCCCUGAAAGUGUACAUGAGUGCAUGAGUAUGGAGAAGAAAGGAUGUGGAGAAGGGAGCGGUAGGGCAGGGUGGGUGGGAUGGGGUGGGGUGGGAAGGACCACACUGCCAGCUUCACCAUUGUGUUCUGGCUUGAGACACUCACUGCCUUAACUGUUUUUCUCAGCCUUUGCCUUUAAAAUGUACUUUGGGUUGUUGUAAAUAUCAUGCCAGGCUUCCUUUAGAGCCCAGAGUUCCUUGUAAUAAUGAACCUAGAAAAUGUCCCUUUUCACAUCCCAUCAGACCAUCCCUCAACUCAGGGACCAUUCCCUUCAGUAUUUGUCAGGUGCUUUGCACGUGAAAAGCAUUAAGGAAAUACUUGCUCUGUGAAAGAACACCAAGGUCUCCUGACACAGAUGAAACAAUCCGCCCAUUGUCCCAGGAACUCUGCACAGCAUGUUCUGAAUUGCAUGGAUGGUAUUCCAGCAUUCUUCCAAGGCGGAUACAGUUAACAUCACCUCAUUACACAGGAGAAAAUGACGUGGACAUUAAGAAACUUCUGCAGUCAAAACCAAAUCGAGGAAGUACCAGGGUUUGGCAGAUGUCUGUAACAAUGAUACACUGUAGAGCUUGUCCUCAACGGAUUUAUAAUUUCAAUAAAAAUUUGCCCAAAAGA